GGCAGACCCGUUUUACCAGUGUGUGUGUACCAGUCAGCCAAAGUGUUAGAAAUACAAUCACAUGAUCUCCCUGGGGAGACAGCUGAGAAGACUUUGAGGAGCAAAGAAGGGAAGUUGGGCAGGUCCAGGGUACGAAAAUCACCAGGAAGGAACUAGUCCCGGGAAACACACAACAUAGCCGUCAGCACUGUUGUGAGAUGCCUAGGAAAGAAGCAGCAGAUUGGAGCUUCAGGAAAAGGCUACAGUGUCAGUAGAAGGGGUUUAACUCAGUGGAAAUUCCAGCGGUGAAGGACAUGCUCACACUGAGCUGAUCAUGGCAGGGGACAUAAGGAGACUCAGACGCAUGCUACUGGAAUGCAACAGCAGUGACAAGUUAUGUGUUGUGCGUGAGUACCAGACUGAAGUGAUCAUCAUCCCUGUCUUCCUAGUGGGUGUCUUUGUCAUCCUGUUAGGUGUGAUCCUUUGGCUCCGCUAUCGGAGCUGGAGGUCGAAGCAACAGCAACUGCCCAGGCGCCAAGCUGUUGCCCCAUUGCCAGCAAAGGACAAGAACCAGAAGGAACACAGUGAGUCAGAGAACACCUACAUCCAGCUGAGUGAGACAACUGUGGAGAGUCUACUAAGAUCUGCAGCCUUGACUCUGAAGGAACUGGAAAUACCACAAGACAGACUUAUACCAGGGUCCUUGGAGCUGAUACACAAUGGCAGUUUUGGGGGAAUCUACAGAGCGGAAUUGGAGACUGGGAACCCUGGGAAGACUAAGACAGUCAUCCUGAAAGCCUUACAGGACACUGCUGGACCCAGUGAGGUGAAGGAUUUCCUGGGAAGGAUUAAGUUCCAUCAGUCCCUUGGUCAUCAUGAUAACAUGGUUGAACUGAUAGGAUGUUGUGUAGUCCAGCUGCCCCUUUAUAUGAUCCUGGAGGAUGUGUCCCAUGGGGUCCUCCUGAACUUCUUGUGGACCUGCCGCAGGGAUGUAAUGACCAUGGAUGGUAUCCCGUAUGACCUCACGGAGAGGCAGGUAUAUAAAGUCGGGCAGCAGGUUGCAGCUGCCUUGGAGUUUCUCCAGCAGAAGAAGCUGUUCCAUGGGGAUGUGGCAGCGAGAAAUGUCCUGAUCCAGUCUGACUUCACAGCCAAGCUCUGUGGGCUGGGCCUGGCCUAUGAAACCCACACCUAUGGCACCAGCUGUGUCACACAGAUUGUGCCACUCAAGUGGCAGGCACCAGAGCGGCUAUUAAUGAAACCUCCCAGCAUCAAGUCAGACAUAUGGUCCUUUGGAAUCUUACUCUAUGAGAUGAUCACAUUAGGGGCUCCACCAUUUCCUGAGGUGCCACCUUCUGAUAUCCUACAACACCUUCAGAGAUGGAAGGUCAUGAAGAGGCCCUCCACCUGCCAGCCAGCUAUGUAUGGUAUCAUGAAGUACUGCUGGCGGUGGAGUGCGACGAACCGGCCGUCACCCGCAGAGCUGAUCAAGCGCCUGCAAACAGCAGCCAAGAGCAGCAAUGACCAAGUGGUGCUCCAGGUGCCUGAGCUGGUGGUGCCUGAACUAUAUGCUGAUGUGGCUGGCGUUGAUUUGGGGAGUAUCACCAGGGACUACACUGUGCUCUGAAGCAUGCCUCUGUGUACUGGGAAGGCCUGGAUCUCUGACUUUGCCCCUCUUUGGGGAUACAAGGGGCUGACCCCUCUGGAACUCAGAAUGAAGUGUGUAUUGGGAGGGGUUCCUCUAUUUUUUUUUUAAUACAGAAUGUAGUUAAGAGGGUGGGAAGUUCUGAAAUAAACACUAGAAUCCAGAAGGGACUCCCAACUCACCACCUUGAAAUUGAGAAAUAUAUCCUGCACCACUCAAACGCCUGUCUACAUUAUGACUGGCUACACUGAAGGGGACCAACCAAACAGAAACAAUCAUUCUGAGUGACCUCAAGGUGGUUAUGAAGGUGGCCUCAAGGUUCAGUUAUGAAGUUGUACAGCUUUGAGUGAAUGAAGUCUUUGACAAGGAAGCAUUCCAGUACCACCAUAGGGAGAAGGGGGUGGGGGUGGUAAAAAGUCUUGUCACCCAUGACUCCCCACUUUUGCUGCUUUUUCCAGUCAUACAUGUGAAGAGAGGGCUUCAACCUGCAACAAUGGCAACUAGGUGGACGGGACUGAAAGCUGUCUACAAGGAUUUACAAGAGGUGGAUACCAUGGAUGGAAAGGGAUUGCUUUGGUUCCGAAGCAUAUAAGUGGAAGGAAGCUGGAUGAAAAUGAAUGAAGGGAAAUUACAGAUGGAUAUCAAGAACCAUUUCCUAACUGUGAGGAUUUUUGGAAGUCAUCCUACCCCCCCCUCCCAUUCCACACCCCCCACCCCAUUCCCCUCCAAGGAAGUGUUGGAAGAGCCGUUGCUUGAACAUUUUAAAAGAAGAAUUGGAUGAUGCCCUGAAGAAUAUGCUAUAGGACACAAUCUUGGAGUGGCCCUAGAGAUAAGAAAGUGGAUGGAUUAGAUGAUACCAAAUAAGUCUUUUCCAUCUCUAACUCCUCUAUAACUGAGGGCCCAUUCAGAUGAAGGGUAACAUUGCUUUUAAACAUUCCACCCCAUGGAUGGACCUCUUAGGUGCUUUAUGCCAUAACCAACUGCAAAAUAGUGAACACUGUGUAUUCUGAUAGAAUGAAAUACCUUGAAUGUUAAGGGAUGCAGCAGAAAUAGCUAUAUUAACGUACCACUUGAUGCAGGAAUGCAGGAUGUACCACUUGAUGGAGGAAUGUGUCUUGUUUUGUGGCGAGUGGCAGGGUUGGCGAGUUGUAUGGGCCCAUGGUGCCCAGGCUCCAGCAAAUUCAGGGCCUGGGGGGCCCAGCUCCACCAAUGUUCGGGGCCUGGUCUCUCCCUCGGCCCUGCCUGCCACCCCCACACGUCUCCCUUGAGCGUCCCCUGGCCCCACCUGCUGCCCCCGCGUGCCUCCCCCAGAGCGUCCCUGCCUGCCCUGGGCAGCGGGUGGCUUCCCCCUGCAGCUCCACAUUGCACUUCCUCUCCGGCUGCUGCCGGCUACAAGGGAGCAGCGCUGGGGGCAGACUAAGGCAGCUGCUGCGCCUGCAGAGGGAGGAGGCACAUGGCAGUCCCCCCACCCCAGCAGGAGACUCCAAGUCAACUCUGAGGGGGGAGGGGCUUAUCCUGGCUGGACCUUCUGAGCAGCAGCCUGGGGGGGCUUCGGUGAGUGUCAUGCUGGGGGGGCCAGGAGGGGCCCUCCCUCCCCCAGAACUCACUGCUGCCAGCACGGAGAGGGCUGGGGGGAGUCCUCCUCUCUUGCCCCCAGCCCCUGGGCAGCCUUCCUGCUGCAUCCCAAACUCCUAAUCCCCGGCCCAGCCCCACACCCCGCACCUGCUCCCGCACCCCAUUGCUCUGUCCCAGCCCAGAGCCUUGACCCAGCACCCAAACCCCCUCCCACACCCAGCACCCCCUCCCACACCCCAACCCCGUCCCAGCCCGGAGCCCACACCCAGCAUCCCAACCCCCCUCCCACACCCUUUCUGCACCCCAACCACCUGUCCCAGCCCAGAGUCCGCACCCAGCACUCAAACCCCCUCCCAGAACCCGUACCCUUCCCACACCUAAACUUCCUCCCAGAGUCUGCACCCCAAACCCCCUCCUGCAUCCAAACUCCCUCCCAGAGCCUGCACCACUCCUGCACCCAAACUCUCUCCCAGAACUUGCACCCCCAACCCCCUCCCACACCCAAACUACCUUCCAGAGCCUUGGGGGAGGGGGGGAUUUGGACCCGUUCUGGGCACCACCAAAAAUUAUACAAACCUGCUGCCCCUGGUGAGUGGUGGCUGAGGUAUCAAAGGGUUGCUCAAGGGUAAAAGCUCCCAUCCCACCAUCUCAGGGAGAAGUCCUCACUGAGAUCACACUGUCAGGGAAGGCAUCUGAUGAGCGUUUGUUCUCCCCAAGUGAUGCAGAGCAAUUUAUUUUCUUGUACAUUUAUCCUUUCAGACUCUAGCUCCUGGAGUAAUUGCUUUAGUUUUUUGAGAUGUUACCUUAUCAUUGUAAAAUACAUCUGGUUACUCUCAUGACACAGCUAAUAUGAAAACAAUAUGGAAAUUACAUGGAUAGGGUAAGAAUAAAAGGUGAUGGUAGAGUAUUGUGACAAUUACAUGGUGGUGAUAUCAUCUGCUGUGUGAAUAGCAGACAUGGCUACUCUGUGACAAAUGUGGCAAUGCCUUAUAUGCUGUGUGAAUAAAUUGAUGAUCACAUA